CCCGAACGGCAGCAGCCGAACGGAACCCGAACGACCGACUCUCCGAAUCGCCGAUGCGGUGCGUGCUACGGUUGGGAACAGCGGGCGCCCAGCACCAAGCGUUUAGUUUCUUGUUUUUCUCCUAACUGAACAGCCACGACGGAACGGAUCGUCCGUGACGCUGCACCGUGUUUUUGUCGCACGACGCGUUCGCCAGCAAGAGAAGGCACAACGACUCAUAGGAGAAGGUGUAAAUUGCAGAACUUUUAAAGGAGCGUUUUGUUCCUCGCCCCAGAAAAAGAAAACAAAGACAAAAAACGUUCACCUUCCAAUAGUGAAGCGGAUUUUGAGCUGGACUCACUAGACCGUUCGGUGCAGAGACAGAGAAGACGCCUGUAUAUCUCUUCCUGGCUGCCGCAAACCCGCACAUCGACAAAGCGGUGCAAUCCCGUGUCGCUUACCAAUGUCAAACGAUUGCGGAUAAGAGCGUGUGUGGUGCAGCCACACGUUAACGGCACGCUUGCCAGCAGGAUCUCUACGGCUGGGGCAGUGAUAGUGUAGUAGUAGGCUGGGUUCAGUUUUGUUGACUGGGUAGCCGUCGCCGUCAGCACUAAACAAAACAAGCAAGGAUGUGAGCAACCCCGUAGUGCGUACUGCUCGGUGUGUCUGUGUGUGUGUGUGUGCGCGCGCGUGUGUUAGUGCUUACCACGGAUAGUGGAACAACAAAAAAGAGAGAAAGAGAAGGCAAAAAAAGUCGCAACAAGUGCAUGUGAAAGGAAAAGGCCAGAAAAAAAGGAAGUGAUUUUGCUGUGUGCGUGUGUGAUUCACUCUGUUCUUGCCACAAAAGAGAAGUAGCAGUAGUAGUAGUAGUAGUAGUACCGUGAUUUACCGAAGAGUGUGUACGUGUGUCGGUUGGGUGGCAAGUGUGGUAAGUGUUUGUGCAAGUGCUGUCACCAGGCGCAAAGGAAAGUGCAAUAAGUAAAUCGGGUUGCGUGCCUCCUCUAACCCUUCCCGCUAAUGUCCACCUGUGUGUGUUUGUAUUUAUGUUUCACAUUCAGUAGUGUGUACGUGCGCGUGUGUGCGCUAUGAAGUAAGUGGUGUACAUCUGUGCGUUUGUGUGUGCGUGUGUGUGUGUGUUUGUGUUGAGGAAGGGCCCAGACGGCGAUAAGCACGAUCGGAUCGCAAAACAUACGACAGGCGGAACAGCUGAAAACGCUGAGAUAGAGGAAGAAGAAAAAAAAACCCCCGUGAGAGGAAAGAAAGAAAGAGACCGGAGGACGAAACGCUUUGGGGGAAGCGCGAGACACAAAUAAUAGAAAGAGACAGCAACAACAGCAGCAGACGCAACUACAACAACAGCAAGCAGGAAGCAGGAAUUUCGAGAAGAACCGGAAACACACCGGAACGCACAGGAACCAACAGGCUCGGCUAAAAGCAAUGGCUGAGAUAUGAGUGCCCAGGGGGGCUCCCUAGGGGCUCCAACAUUGGGUGAUCGUCGAUCUCCUUACAUUGGAGGCUAUCCCGACAUACAGCAGCAGCAGCAGCAGCAGCACCCCCACCAUCACCAUCAGCAACAACAGCAGCAAAGCUAUCAACAGUUGCAGAAUCCUCAUCACGCAGAUUACCAUCGGGGAGUGCUGCACCCGGAAGCGGCGGCCGGCUAUUUGGACGUGAAGCAGCAGCAGCAGCUCCAGAAAGGAUACGCUAAACAGGCAGCUGCGGGCCAACAGCAACAACCACAACAACAGCAGCAGCAGCAGCGAUCGGCAGCUGGAGCGACAGCCGGUGGACGAGCAGCUGCCGGUGCGCCAACAGGUUUCAACAGUCAAAGUAUGGUGGCAGCGGCCGGCGGGCAGCAGGGCAACAUGGACGUCGGCUACAAUCCACAGAUGAAUAACAUGGCGAUGCAUUCGCAGUCGUCGUGGAAUCAGAUGAACGGCAUGAACCAAAUGGGCGGCAUGGGUGGCCAGAUGAACGGCAUGAACCAGAUGGGUGGUGGCGGCGGUGGAGGCGGAGGCGCCGGAGGUGGUGUCGGUGGCGCCGGCGGCAUGGGACCGAUGGGUCAGAUGGGUGGCGGCGGUGCGACCGGUGGCAUGGUGCCCGGCAUGGGCCAGAUGGGCGGCGGUGGCGGUGGCACUGGUGGCGGUGCGGGCGGUGGAUACGGCCGGCACCAUCAGCAGAUGAACCCGAUGGCGCAGAUGAUGAACAUGGGCAUGGGUAUGGGCGGAGGCGGCGGUGGCGGCGGUGGCCAGAUGGGGCUGGGCGGUGCGGGCGGUAUGAACGGGAUGGCGGCGGCCCAGAUGGGCGGCAUGAACCCGCUCAGCCAGAUGAACCAGAUGUCGCCGAUGUCGAAGAUGCAGGGCAUGGCGAACGGGUACCCGCAGCACCCGCGAAGGAUGGCCCCCUACCCGAACCCCCAGAUGCAGAUGGCCCAGAAGCGGUCGAUGUACGGGAUGGGCCAGGGGCAGGGUAUGCCGGGCGCGGGUGGACCCUUCCCGCCGCAUCAGGCGGCGGCAGCGGCAGCCGCUGCAGCAGCCGCCGGCGUUCCCUUGCCGAUGCAGGCCAGCGCCGGGUACGGGCGGCAUCAUGGGCCGAUGGGUCCGAUGAACUAUCGCGGCGGACCGCCGAUGAUGCAGCAGCGACAGAACACGCCACCGUACGGUGGACCGGGCGUUGGACCGGUAGGAGCACCCGUAGGCCCUGGAGCGCUGAUGGGCCACCAGCAGCAGCAGCACCAGCAGCAGCAGCAACAGCAGCAGCAGCAACAGCAGCAGCAACAGCAUCAUCCCCAGCACCAGCAGCACCAGCAGCAGCAGACGCAACAGCAACAGCAGCAGUAUUACAACACGGGCUACCAGAACAUGCAGGGCUACCAGCCGGACAUUCGCAUGAACUUCCAGCACAGUCCGGUGCCGGGUAAUCCUACGCCACCGCUAACGCCCGCCUCUUCCAUGACGCCCUACAUCAGCCCCAAUCCGGACGUGAAGCCAAACAACCUGCCGCAGAAAGAUGAAGAACUGCGGUUGACAUUCCCGGUGCGAGACGGCAUACUGCUGCCACCGUUCCGGCUCGAGCACAAUCUCGCGGUCAGCAACCACGUGUUUCAGCUAAAGUCCACCGUCUACAACACGCUCAUGUGCCGGCCGGAUCUCGAGCUGCAGCUGAAGUGUUUCCACCACGAGGACCGGCAGAUGAACACGAACUGGCCGGCGAGCGUGCAGGUGUCGGCCAACUCGACGCCGCUCGAAAUCGACCGGGGCGACAACAAGAACACGCACCGGCCGCUCUACCUGAAGCAGGUCUGCCAGCCGGGCCGCAACACGAUCCAAAUCACCGUCAGCACCUGCUGCUGUUCCCAUCUGUUCGUGCUACAGCUGGUGCAUCGGCCGUCGGUAAACCAUGUGCUGCACACGCUGCUGAAGCGUAACCUCCUGUCCGCGGAGCAUGCGGUGGCCAAAAUCAAGCGCACCUUUGCCGUCAAUCACACAACGAACCCGAACCAACCGCUGGGCGGCGGCCCUGACAAGGAUCCGCUUGCGGCGGACGCGUCGGCAACGUCUGCAAAGGUAUCACUCAAGUGUACACUAACCACCAAGCGGAUAACGUUGCCAGCGCGCGGCCAUGACUGCAAGCACAUCCAGUGCUUCGAUCUGGAGGCCUAUCUGGCGCUGAACUGCGAGCGUGGCAACUGGCGGUGUCCGGUGUGCAGUAAACCGGCUCUAACGGAAGGGCUCGAGAUCGAUCAGUACAUGUGGGCGAUACUGAACACGCUCAACUCCUCCAACACGCCGAACGGCAUGGACACGGAGGAGGUGAUCAUCGAUGCGCAAGCGAACUGGCGAGCGGUCAAACCACCGGGCAGUGUCAAUAAUCCCAACAUUGGAGGCAGUCUCAACCCUCAACAACCGUCGCAGCAGCAGCAGCAGCAGCAGCAACAACAUCCACAGCAGCAUCAACAACAACAACCACCACCGAUGCAGCAGCAGCAGCACCAGCAGCAACAGCAACCGCCCGUACCAUCGGAACCGAGUGGCGGCAAUGCGCGCGGCGCUGGCACACCCGGCCUGCCCGUGAUCAAACCGGACCCGGACGGUGUCGACGCGAAGCACUUCAACAAGGUGAUGUCACCUGGAUCCACCUCGCUCCCGACCUGGGACAACAUGAACGCAAUGAGCCCCUACAUGAGCCCGGACAUGAGCUCGAUCGCUAGCGGCAGCAUGAUGGGUUCCAACUACAACCGAACGCCCCAGUACGAUUCGUACGGCAAUGCGAUCAUCAAGCAAGAACCGGGCACGAACCCCGGAUCGGCCGGCGGCCCUGGAAGCGUCGGUAACAAUAACGGCCCCGGAACACCGGGUGGCGGUGGCGGCGGUGGCAAUGGUGGUGAAUUCCACGCCGGCAAUCCUUUGGCACAUCUGAGCGAUUCGGUCAACUCGCUCGAUCCGCUGAACGCGAUGGAGAAAUCACUGAACGAUCAGAUGCCCCACACACCGCACACACCGCACACGCCGGGCGGUGGCAACUCGUCCGGCCAUCCGAUGACGCCGGGCGGACCGCCAAGCGUACCGCCGGCGAACGACAUCAACAACACCUCCAACCCGCAGCAACAGUCCACCGGCAGCAACAGUGGCGGCAACGCGAACGGGCAACCAAACGGCGGCAGCAGCAGUACCGUGAACGGCAACAUGAGCCACAGCCCCGGCCAUGCCGGGCAUGGCAACAGCAUGCAGCAGCUACAUUCACCUCAGCAGCAGCAGCAGCAUCUUGGCCUUGGGCCCAACAACCCUGCCGCGAACAUCAUGAACUCACCGCAAAGUCUCAUGAACUCACCGCAGAACAUGAUGAACUCGCCCCAGAGCAUGAUGCAGCAACAGCAGCAGCAGCAGCAGCAAAAUCUCCUCUCAAUGGGCUCGAUGAUGGGCCAGCAGCAGCAGCAGCAGCAGCAAAGCCAUCAAAAUGCGCUGGCCGGUCUUACCGAUGUCGAUCUGCCGGCAGAUCUCAACUUCGAUCCGGCCGCCGUCAUUGAGGGUGAAGGAGGCAACGAUCUUAACCUACUACCGGACAACGGCAUUGUCGAUCCGAUGGAAUUGCUCUCCUAUCUCGAUCCGCCGGAUCUGAACACGCCCCCGUCAAGCGGUUCCAGCAACAACGCCAACAGCGACGACAUUCUGGCCGCACUGUUCGACUAAGUUCGCCCCAAUUGACAACACUAAACACAACAAACACAAACACACACACUAAGGACCAUCACAACGUUUUAGAAAGUGGAAUUUGAACACACAGAGAGAGAGAAAGAGGGAAAGAGAGUAUGAUAAAAGGGGAAAAAAACAUUUGAAAAUGGGAACAGAAGGCAGAGAGAGAGAGAUAGGAAACCAUAGAGUUAGCGUAGUCGAUAAUACAGUACAGACGCGGGCGGGCGGGCAUUUUCCGUUUCCUAUUUCUUCCCCACUAAAUGGACAUGUCUCCCCAUUACUCUCUGCCCAGCGGCACACACACAGCGUGUGAGUGUGGGUCGGUCGGUCUUCUGUUGUGCUAGUUCCCGGUUUUGUUGUUUGUUUAAUCGUGUAGCGCGGCCUGAUAAGAAGGCCCUCCCCUCUCCCCAAGAUUUUUUAAGUGGCCAGGGUUUUUAGUUUUAGUAUGUACAGCUUUCACCGCGGGGAGAGGGGGGAGAGGAAACCAACAAACUAGCAAUUGAUUGCAAAACGGGUCUUGCACGAAGACACAAAAACACACACACACACAGCAUCUAUCGUAUCAGGUACUCGCAUUGUCACGCAGCUGGUCAGCAUCGCUUUUCCGUUUGGAAGUGUGGGAAGGUUCCACAGGGGAAGGAUGUGUGUACGGCUCGUGUCCUUCUAGUGUAGCAAACAAAAUGGGGUUUAAAAGGAAGAAGAGAGAGAAGAGAGAGAGAGGGGGAGGAAGCGAGGGAGAUAGAGAGAAAGAGAGAGAAAAAAGAGCCAAUGGAGGGGAAAAUUGCAAGCAAAACCAGCACUAACUAACCUUCAAAAAAGAGGUUUCAUCACGAGCACGUUGUUCGUUUUUAUCCUCGUUUAAAGGAGUUUUUUUGUAUGUUUUGUUCCAUUAAGUUGUGAUUUAUUUUAAUUCACAUCCUAACUAAAGUCAUGCCCUGUUAUGGUAGGAACACACACACACACACCCCAAACAAGCCACACUAACAACACAUUGGCGAAGCAAGAACUUAAACUUUCUCAACAAAAACAGUGGGAAACGGGAGUUCUAUUGUACAGUUAAAUUAAUAUAAACGCCUCGCCUUUUAUGUGUGUGUGUGUGUGUGUUUGUGUGUGUGUGGCCUUUUAUAUUUUGCGUUUGUUUUUUUUCGGUUAACACUCUCCUUUAUGGUUGGUCAUGUAAUAUAAGAAGAAUUAUUUAUUUACUAGAAAUUGUGGUUUGCACCUUCAGCUCGUUAAGUUUUUGCUUGGCUCUCCCUUAUAUCUCUCUCUGUACGUUUCUCUCUAUCACUCUCUUUCUCUAACCUCUUUCUCUCUCUCUAUCUCUCUCUGCAUUCUCUAGUACGAGCGCGGUUUAUUUAUUAUUAUUUUUAUCAACUACCAUAACUUAUCUCCUGCGCUUUUCUCGUGUAUUAUAUUCUGUUUUCUAUUUUGUACUGUAACUAGAGCGAACACAAAACUCCAUUAGAACGUAAAGCUACAAAUAUAUAAAUAUAAAUAUUAUAAAGCAAAACAAAUCUGUAUGUAUGUAAUGCCUACCAGCGUCACGUGCGUCACGCCUGCGUGCGUGUUUCGUUUUUUAAGCAAGGAAAAAGGGUUUUCAUUCUUGUUUUUUUUUUGUUUUAUUUAGUUUUCUUCCUACCCCCCGCAUUAUUACCGUGUGUGCGUGUGUGUGUGUGUGUGUGCUGAAUGUAAAACAAGUUUGAGUGGAAACAGAAAGAAAGGAAGUAAGAAUGUGGCGCAUCCUAGACAAAACCCCUCACACACGAUGAAGAGGAGAAGCAAGAACAAUGUAAAAUGUUUAUUUAGGAAAGGCUGGGAAGGCGUUUGUUUAAUUGCUAAGCUUUAGAUCAUAGAGGGGGAUGUGAGUGGGGAAAUAGGGUGGUGUACCGACACCGACGGUAAAAAAUGGAAAAGUGAUUGGAAAGUAAGGGAAAAGUGAACGCGUGAAAGUUGGGUUAGAACAGUAAAAAAAGGGGAGGAAAAGUCAAACUAAAAACAGUGUAGAGCAAAAGGAUAAGCAAAGAAAGAAGAAAACACACCCACACACACACAUACACGAAAUGGAAUAUGUUACAUUUAAUGAUACUAAAUUUUAAAUACAACAUGAAGAAGAAGGAGAAGAAGGAUGAGAAGACGAAAAAGAAACAAAACAAACCCAAAAGAAAAUUAAUCAAAAGUGUACAAAACAUGAAAGUAACCUACUAUUACUAACGAAAAUUCAAGCGUAAGUGAACACAACACAGAAAGGUAGAAGAAGAUGAAGAAAAACACACACACAUACAAACAGAAAAAAAACAUACAUUUUCUCUCACACAGUGACACAAAACCAUACUACAUACACACAUACACCAAUAAAAACGCAUUAAAAACAAAACCCAAGCAUCUAACUAUUAGUGAAAAGAGGUGAGAAAGAGUAAAUGAAAAAACAAAGCAAAACAAACAAAAACAAAAUGGCAAACCCAAAUGAGAGGGAAACACAAACCUUCCCUACCAAACCCCCACUGCUCCCCAUUUACCCAUUAGAACUUAACGAUACACAGCUUAGCAAAUUAUUAAAAAGAAAACACACACAAACACACACACAUACAAAACUACAUUAGAGGAAAAAGUAAACUCAUCCCAACUAUUGAUCGAUUUAAAUGCAAAAUGAUCGAAGCAGGCAAGCGAAAAUCAUCAACAAACUGUGGAGCAGAAGGUGAAGGGGAGGGUACAAACACAACUAAGCCAACUUGUAACUUUUUCACACUCUACUCCCCCUCUCUAAACUCGCUCCUACUAUCUCUGUCUCUCUUGCGUCAUUGUGUCAUUGUGUACUUUGAUAGAUUACCACUUCCAAGGAAGAAGAAAAAAACAACGGAGCUGGAAAUUGAGCUAAAAGAAAGAUGAGAAAGAGAAAACAAUACAGAGUCACACACAACCACACAGAUAAAAUGAUAAAAACAACACAAACACACUUAUACACUUGAAAUGGAUGGAAAGGAAACUUGGGCAACCGUGUUGUCCAGCAGGUUCGGGUGAUAGGAAGUGAUUACUGGCCGUAACAAUGGGAGAGAGAGGGAGAGAGAGAGAAGAAAAAAACAGCCACAACCACAGACACACAACACACUAAUAAAUGAAUUGAACAUAAUAAUGAAACAAGAGAGAAGAAAAAAAAUACACAUAUUGAAAAACAAAA